AUGCACCGCCUCCUCGCGCCGGCGCGGAGCGCCUUCGCCUGCUCCGCCGUCGCGCUCACGCAGUGCAGCUCGACGCAGCGCGACGAGGCGGCGCAGUGCCACGGCGGCAACUCGGGCCACGGCGGCGCGCCGCUGCCGCAGAAGUGGCUCCACGCGCACGUGCCCAAGGAGCGGGCGCACCUGCUCUUCGGCAUCCCGAAGAAGGGGCGGCUGCACGAGAAGAUCAAGGACAUGCUCAAGGGCGCGGGCAUCGAGUACACGCGGGAGCCGCGGCUCGACAUCGCGCACUGCAACGACCUGCCCGUGUCGCUCGUGUUCCUGCCCGCGGCGGACAUCGCGACCUACGUCGGCGAGGGCGACGUCGACCUCGGCAUCACGGGCGAGGACAUCAUCGCGGAGUCCGAGGUCGACGUCAAGGAGCUCAUGAAGCUCGGCUUCGGCAAAUGCCGGCUCUGCGUCCAGGCGCCCAAGGGGUCGCGGAGCGGGCCCGGCGAGCUCGCGGGCCAGCGCAUCGUCACGAGCUUCCCGAACCUGACGAAGGCCUACUUCGCCAAGCUCGAGGCCGAGGGCCACCCGACGCGCAUCAAGUGCAUCUCGGGCUCCGUCGAGGCGGCCUGCGGCCUGGGCCUCGCCGACGGCAUCGUCGACCUCGUCGAGACGGGCACGACCAUGCGCGCCGCGGGCCUCGAGGAGGUGUCCACGAUCAUGCCGACGCAGACCGUGCUCAUCGCGAACAAGCACUCGCGCCACGCGGCGCUCAUCGAGACGCUGCGCAAGCGCCUCGCGGGCUACCUCACGGCGAGCCGCUACAUGAUGAUCGUCUACAACGUCGACCGCGACAACCUCGCCCAGGCCACGGCGAUCACGCCGGGCAAGAACUCGCCCUCCAUCAUGCCCCUCGAGCGGUCCAACUGGGUCGCCGUCAGCGCGCUCGUCCCCAAGAAGAAGGCCGCCCAGCUCAUGGACGACCUCGAGGCCGUCGGCGCGACGGACAUCCUCCUCACGUCCCUCGCGUCCUCGCGCAUGGGCGACUGA